AUGACGUGUCAAAUAAGAGGGGGCAAACUCGUGCAUCUCAACGCUGUCAUAGAUUACAAGCAGGACAUCGACGUUUCAAGUCGAGGUGGGUCUGUUAUAUCCGCUCUCACCCUAAAAGCGUUCCUCACUGUUCAAGACCGUGACGGACUGGUCAGUGACCCACUUUGGGUUUCUCACCGCCAGUUUCAAAUCCAGUGCCCAGAGCUACGUAGACGUGCGGUGCUGCUUAGCGCGGAACGGAAGAAGCUGCUCUGUGCGGUUGGGGCAACGGGAAACAUAAAAUGGAACAUCGAUUUUGGUGCAACCACCCCACCAGUUACAAAAUAUUCUGUCGGAAUCGCAAGUGAUCGGCCCUACAAUCGCUGUGUGAUCACGUACAGCAUUUUCCGCUUGCAAGGUCACAAUCAUUCUCGUUUGCAGAUCCGCCGUAGAGAAAGUCCGCUUCCAGAGGGAUGCAACGACGUGCUUCAAACCUGGGUAGCUCCCUGGGUUGCGACUUUCAAUGAGUUAUUUUUCCUCGAGAAGUCGCUGUCAUUUGCGCAUUCCGCCAUAGCUGAAUCUGUGACCUUUGAGGAAGGUGCAUGGAGGAAAGAGGCGCGGUCACACAAAUCUACCAAAACGAUCACCAGACGAACACCCAGCGAACACCCACAGAACCAGCAACAAUCUCCCACAGCGGUCGAUGAACUCAUCAAAUACCUCAUCUACAGUCGAUACUCGUCUUUCGACUACGAUGUUCUAUUCACUCGGUCGUAA